GGGGGGGGCGGUUCUGCGCAGCUGGGAGGGCGGAGCCGAACGCAUCCCGGGCUUGGGGGAGCGGGAGGGUGACCAUGGGCGGCUGAGGGGAGCCGCGUCCAGAGGCGGCCCGUGCGGGCGGCCAUGGCCGAGGAUUACUGGGACUCGCCAUAGCCGAAGCCGCUGCCAAGUGACACUAGCAAUUUCCCCACCAUGGAUCGGAUGAAGAAGAUCAAGAGGCAGCUGUCUAUGACGCUGCGGGGGAGCCGGACGGUAGAGAAAAACCUCAACGAACCCAUCAACAUUGAGGAAAAUAACAGCAGUGACAAUGGCCCCACAGUGAAGAGCGUGCGCCCCGGCACCUCCCACAGCGUUCACGCCUUCCUCAACCACUAUGCAGGCACCUUCCGCAGGCCCCGCCUGGCCAUCAGCCGGAGUCUGAGCACUCACCUCAACCGCACCGCCCGACUAGAAAUCGUCCAUGAAGACCUCAAGAUGGGCUCAGACGGUGAGAGCGACCAGGCAUCGGGGACGUCGUCAGACGAGGUGCAGUCUCCAGUCCGGGUGCGCAUGAGGAACAACCCAACGCGCAAGAUUUCCACUGAGGACAUCAACAAACGCCUGUCACUCCCGGCCGACAUCCGCCUGCCCGAAGGCUACUUGGAGAAGUUGACCCUCAACAGUCCCCUCUUUGACAAGCCCUUGAGCCGGCGGUUACGGAGAGUCUCGUUGUCGGAGAUCGGGUUCGGGAAGCUGGAGACGUAUGUCAAGUUGGAUAAGCUGGGAGAGGGGACGUACGCUACUGUCACCUACAAGGUAAAGAGUAAACUCACAGACAACCUGGUGGCCCUGAAGGAGAUCCGUCUUGAGCACGAGGAGGGGGCCCCUUGCACGGCCAUCCGAGAAGUUUCGCUUCUAAAAGAUCUUAAACACGCCAACAUAGUGACUCUGCAUGACAUCAUCCAUACAGAGAAAUCCCUCACGCUUGUCUUCGAGUAUUUAGAUAAAGACCUGAAACAGUACUUAGAUGAUUGUGGCAAUGUCAUAAAUAUGCACAAUGUGAAGCUAUUCCUCUUCCAGCUGCUCCGUGGCCUAGCCUACUGCCACCGUCAGAAGGUGCUGCACCGAGACCUCAAGCCCCAGAACCUGCUUAUCAAUGAAAGAGGGGAGCUCAAGCUAGCGGACUUUGGACUGGCCCGGGCAAAAUCCAUUCCCACCAAGACCUACUCCAAUGAGGUGGUGACGCUUUGGUACCGGCCCCCCGACAUCCUGUUGGGCUCGACGGAAUAUUCCACGCAGAUCGACAUGUGGGGUGUGGGCUGCAUAUUCUACGAGAUGUCCACAGGACGGCCGCUUUUCCCCGGCUCCACAGUUGAGGAGCAGCUGCACUUCAUUUUUCGGAUAUUGGGGACACCCAAUGAAGAGACGUGGCCUGGAGUCCUGUCCAAUGAGGAAUUCCGAGCCUAUAAUUAUCCCAAAUAUCGUGCUGAGGCCCUGAUCAACCAUGCUCCUAGGCUGGACAAUGAUGGGGCUGACCUCCUAGGCAAGCUGCUGCAGUUUGAGGGCAGGAAGCGGAUCUCUGCAGACGAGGCCAUGCGGCACCUGUUCUUCCACAGUCUAGGAGAGCGAGUCCUCAAACUCCCAGACACCACAUCAAUAUUUGCACUAAAGGAGAUUCAGUUACAGAAAGAGACGGGGCUGAGAUCAGCUUCCCUGCCUGAAUCAGUGAAUGGACAGAACGGACGACCGAGCCUGCUGCUUUGAAACUCCCCCCCCGGAUCUGGGUUGGCGGGGCAGAAAAUAAACCAGCUCCCCCACCCUGGGCACACCCUACUGCCAGCUUCUUUGUGUCGAACUGUGGAGCGAGGACUUGUGCUGGGAGUUUUGCUGGGGUGAGGGUGGGGGGUCACGCUGCCCUGGAGCCGAGGAGAAGCACCUCCUACCCCCUGGCGUCAAAUGGCCAGGGACUGAUAACCCCUCCGCUGCUGGGAUGGACCCUCCCUCACUCUCUGACUCUCUCACACAGACAUACACACACACACGCGCAUGGUGUUUCAUUUUAUUUUUUAAGUUUUUAUUUUUUCAACGCGAUAUGAUAAAUAUUAUAUUUACAAAUAUCUAUAAAGAGAGACACCUCUGCUCUACCCUCUCCAGUUGCAGGGAGCAUACAGUAUUAUCUGCAAGGGAGCCGAACUCCACUUCCGCCUGAUUGGGGAGAAGGGCGGGGAGAAGAGAUGCAUGGAGGGAAAGGGGAAGAACGCAGGGCUCUUUUUGUAGCAGGAACUCCUUUGCAUAUUA